GGUAAUUCGCCCGUAACAAAAGCAUUUCUUUCUUCUGAGUCAGUGUUUCCUUCGAUGUUGAGGAAACAUAUCAUUGAAGGAUGCACCAUACAAAAUACUCCAGCUUCACAUCAAUAUGAGAAAAAGUCCAAUGAUUCGGUAUCUAUGAGAGAAACAGGGCAUGUGAUAGAAGUAAUUGAUGAACCAGACACGGACUCUGUUCCUGUACCUCCAGUCAAAGUAGCUUGUGACUGUGGCCAUGGUGAUGUGGCUAGUUUACUUAUAGCAUACAGUGCUGGGUGGCUGUCAGAUAUGGAUGACAGUCAUCUCUAUGACGGUGAAUCUCCCUUACAGCUUGCAUAUGAUGCUGGGUUCGUGGAUGUGGUUGCUUGUUUGUUGUCGUCAGCUACCAAUUCAAAUGCUGUCGAUUCAAAUGGUUACACAAUCUUCCAAAAAGCAUGUGAACACGGGGACGUGAAAACAUUACAAAACAUAUUGAAAUUCCAUGUAGAGAUUAAACAGCAACUGUUUAUAAAUUCAAAAGAUGGAGAAAUGCUUUGUCACAUAGCAUCUCGAAGGGGGCAUUUGCAUAUUCUACAGAUGUUGCUCGAGGGUGGAAUGGAUCUCGAUCAUUUAACAGAUGAAGGUGACAAUGUCCUGCACCUGGCGUGUUCCUAUGACAAAUACAAAGUAUGUACGUUCCUUCUCGAUACCAUUCCUAAUCUGGCAUGGAUAAAAAACCGCAAUGGUUUCACACCUCUCGACAUUGCAUUGAGGAGAGGAAAUCACAAAAUUGUUCGGAUGUUCUUCGCUCAUGCAAAGUUAACCCAAUAUGGUAGAAUGCAAAACACCAUCUGGAUGUACCUCUGUAAGACAAUGGACAACAUAAACAGGCUGAACGUUUUAGUCAGGUGCAGCAACGUUAUGGAGAUGACAGAUGAUCACGGCAACACACCAUUUCAUAUCGCCGCAAAGACAGGCAGUACUCAUGCUAUUGACUUUCUUCUAAAACAUGAUAGGAAAGAUUGCGUGACAUUGAAAAACAGUGACGGAGAUACGCCACUCCAUGUUGCGUCACAUCGCGGGCACUCAGCUACUGUUCGUAGUCUACUGAAUCAAAGUCAUGUUAACGAUCAGAACAAUUACAAUGAAACUGCACUUCACCUGUCUUCACUUAAUACGCAUCUUGACGCAAUAGUAGCGCUAUUAACAGGCGGUGCAUCUGUAGAUUCUAGAAACUUUCAAGCUGAUUCGCCUCUUCAUCUUCUUUUCUAUGGACUUACAAACAAACCAGAUGUUAACAUCGCACACGUUGUAACUAUCAUUAGACAUUAUUUGGUUUCUGGAGCUGACCCUUGUCAAAACAACUUUGGAAAUACACCAUUGCAUGUAGCCUGUUGCACGGGGAAACCUGUCAUUGUUGGGGAACUACUUCCAUGGUACAAAGAUCUUACCAUUAGAAAUACAUAUGGCAAAACCCCCCUCCACGUUGCAUGUGAACGUGGCCAUGGUUGCAUUGUUGAUCUCUUACUUGAGGUGAUGUGGCUGAGGAAAUUAUUCGGUGAAGAGUUUGAUGAUUUCAUUAACCACCAGGACACUGUUAACGGAUCAACACCGCUGCAUCUGGCAAGUCGCUUCUGUAGCCAAGCAGUCACUGCUCUAAUAGAACAUGGGGCAAAUACAAGUAUCAAAGACUAUAAAGGCAGCACGCCUAUAUUCGUUGCCUAUCUGACAGGAAAGAUACAGAUUGUCAAGCACCUGUUACCCCAUACACACUCUCUUGACGUCAAUGAAAGUGGUGACACACUUCUUCAUGCAGUGUAUAGAUCAGAACAAGCGGAAAUGUUCCAGGUUAUAAUUGACUGGCUUGGAAGCAUUGAACCGAGGACUGCGUGUAAUGCAGUAAAUGCUAGUAAUUCUGAGAAGCAAACACCCCUUCAUCUCUCCUCUGCUAAUGGAAACUCAUACUUUGUUGAACAGUUGCUACUUAAGGGGGCAAUGCCAAAUAACCCAGAUAAACGGAGACAAACAUCUCUGCAUUAUGCCUGUACUGGGAGAUGUUUAAUGGUUGUGUCACAUCUGUUGAAACAUGAGGCCCAUGUUAAUGUGUGUGAUGACUCCAAUCGGACACCACUUCACUAUGCCUGUGAGACUGAACGACUUGACAUUGCUGAGGAGCUGGUAAAGGCUGGAGGAGAUCCUCACAUCCGAGAUAUAGAUGGGCGAACUCCACUUGACAUGUGCAGCACUGAACACAGAGCUACAUUGAUGAAGAGCUUCAGGUAUGUGAGGAAACGCCAGUCGACCUGUUCUGAAGAUUCGCCUUACUCCUCCAAACGGGCAAAACGUGAUCCUUCAAAUGGACGAGGGUGCACCUUUGAAGACGCACAGACCUUUCUACGUCCGAGAAGUGUUCCACAGUUAAGACGCAGUCAGUCAAUGGGUGAGACACGGUGUGUGUCAUCAGAUGACCAGUGAUUUCAGAAGGAGUAAAAGUCUCAGUUUGAGACUUUUCAGGAGUAAGACUGUCAGUUUCAGCAUAUAUUUCAAUAACUUAUUGAAACAAAUAUUGAGAAUAUUUAUGUCCGCAAUUUUCCAACUAUCUGACCGCGGUAUGUUAAUAUGUCAAUAAUAAUGUCUGGACCAGACAAUCCAGUGACUGCUUGAACAAAUCCCAGACUGACCACUCGAUCCCGUCAGUCACCUCUUAGGAGAAGCAUGGCUUUGAUGGAGAUCAAUUCUAACCCGGAUCUCCACGGGUCCAAGCUGAUAUUGAAAAUAUUUUUUAUUUAAAUGGAUAAAUAUUUAUAAAGUGUGCUUAGGAUAAGAUGUAAUUAUGAGUAAGUAUAUCUUAACAAGUCUGAUGUACAAAAUGUUUUUCGUGUAACAUAAGUUGCGUGCCAAUGGCCUUACGUAUUAUAUGUUUUGGUAUAAUGUGUUCUAGUGCCACUGUGUAUACAGUAAGGGCAUCUGUUUUCUAUGUUUCACGUAACCACCAAAUUCGGAUCAUGGGUCGGUUGAUCGGGAUAAGAAACUUAAUAAACACAAAAUUAUCUGAA